AUGGAGCCCCCGGAAGGCUCCGGCCCGCGAGAGUACAUUAAGGAGGUGGAGGUGCCCCAGGCUACCCUGGGUGUCCCAACCCAUGGCACGGGGGGAGGCUGCCACACACCUGCAGCCGAGGACGUGGGCAUCCCCAUACCUGCACCGGGGCUCCUGCAGGUCACAGAGCGGAGGCAGCCCCUGAGCAGCGUCUCCUCACUGGAGGUGCACUUCGACCUCCUGGACCUCACAGAGUUGACGGACAUGUCGGACCAGGAGCUGGCUGAGGUCUUUGCCGACUCAGAUGACGAGAACCUCACCGAGGACUCCCCAGCAGGUCUACACCCACUUCCUCGGUCUGGCUGCCUCCGCUCCCCAUCCUGGACCAGGGUGAGGGUGGAGCAGAACCGUGAAAAGCCCCCUGGUGAGCUGGAGCGGCCCACCACCACCAAGGACACUCUGCUCACCGUGGACAGGCCCAAGGAGGACUGAGUCACCUGGCCUGCCCCGAGACAGAUGGGCAGACAGUGGGCAGGCAGCAACUCCUGGCCCUCCCCUUCAGCCCAGCCCAGACCCUGAGUCUCUGAAGCACAAGACCAGCCGCUGGCCUUACAAGCCCCAACCUGCACCAGGACCCCCAGCCUGCACCUUGGCUCAGCCCUCACUCAGGGCCACGGAAUGACAAGGGAGAACAGGGAGGGGCGCUGGGCUCAGCAGCUACUGUGCGGCCAAUCUUCUAGAAAGUUCCAUCUGCAGGGCUAAGUUCUGUCUUUGGCUCUCAGUGGGGAAGGCCCCUCACUGAGCCCCAGGGUUGCAGGCCUGUGACCUCACAUGUCCCACCAUGUGCUGGGGACUCCUGAAGACUCCCACCUCCCAUUUAUCUUCCACGAGCCACCCAGCUCCCCACCCUGCCCACCCCUACCAGCUGCACAGGCGGCAAGAACACACAGCUCAAAACACCAGUAACACCACAACCACCUUGGCCCCAGCAGAUGGUGGGACAGAGAAGGGCUGGCAGGUCGCCUCCACACCAGGCCUGUGGGAAAGACACACACCUGGCUGGCCACACGUGGUCCACCGCCAUACCAAAGUAGCAGUCACUCCAGCCAGCAGCGUGCCCUGGGAGGGUACACAGGACUGCCCCAACCACAACUUAGGGGUCCGGCUGCCUGCCAUCUGCCUCUGCCAGUCUGACAGCUGCAGGGAGGGUGAUGGCGCCUGGACCCAGUGCCCCUUGUGCUGUGGCUGCAGGGCCAGCUGCAGAGCCCCUCCUCACAGGCAGCUGAGGAAGGCCCUCCCUCUCUUAACAGGAGGGGUGCAAUGGUCGUGAAAGGCAAGGAGACUGCCCCUUGUCCCUGGAAGGGUCUGGUGACAUGACUGCCUGCCCCACCCAGCACCCUCCCUGCUGCCAUCGCUCCUGUUGUCCUUCACACACACCCAGGAUUAAAGUGUCCCCUGUCUA